AUGGCUGUGGAGGAGUGUGAGGAGAAUGUGGGGAAGCUGAGGAAGCUGAGAUUCGAGGCGGAGAACAAGUUUGACGCGACGCAUGCGAUGGGGGAGAAGAUGAAGGAGAAGAUGGCCGAGUGUGAGGAGACCACCGCCAAGAACGCUGCUGAGCGGGAGAAGGAGAAGAGCGAACUGAUGGCACAGGUACAUGAGCUGGAGAACAAGGUGAAGGAGCUGCUCAAGGCAUGCUCACAAUGCCUCCUGUUUCCUCUGUGUGUCCCUCUCUCCCCUUCCAAUGCAGUGGCACAGGUACAUGAGCUGGAGAACAAGGUGAAGGAGCUGCUCAAGGCAUGCUCACAAUGCCUCCUGUUUCCUCUGUGUGUCCCUCUCUCCCCUUUCAAUGCAGUGGCACAGGUACAUGAGCUGGAGAACAAGGUGAAGGAGCUGCAAGCGAAGCUGGGCAUCAGUGAGGACAGCAGCACCAGUGAUGACACCAGCAGUGACGGCAACACCAGUGACAAGUAA